CCUAUUCUCUCUCAUCGCACUCCACUUAUUUUUUCUUUGGUCAUUUGCACUUUACCAAAAGCAAAAGUAAGAAGCAUAUACUCAAAUCUAUCCAUCCAUCCAUCCAUCGCUUUCCCUCUCUUCCAAUCCUCAACCCCUUUCUUUUCAGCCCACUUUCCAAAAAGAUGUCAUCCUUCUCUCCCCACCACCACCAUCACCACCACCAACUUCAAUAAUUACUAAAACACUAUCGUCGACUUAAGCCCUAAAUAUUCCCUUUCUUAUCUUUUUCUGCACAAUUUCAAUCCCCCAAUUCCAUAAAUCUAGGUUUUAAUACUUUCAUCCAAAACCAAAACCCAAAAUGUUCUCCUCUCCUUUAAUCCCAGCCUUGUCUCUACUCAUAUUUCUCCCUCUCCUCUUUCUCAUCGCCCCAAGAAUCCUCCUCCUCACAGACCUUCAAAUCUCACUGUCUCCAGAUGAGCUAGACGACGUCGCUUUGUUCCACAAAGCUAUACUUGCUUCUUCCUCUCAUCAUCAUCGUACAUCUUCUUCCUCUAUCUCCCACUUGGGCACCACCACAAACCCUAAACCCAAAAUCGCCUUCCUCUUCCUCACAAACUCAGACCUCUCUUUUGCCCCUUUAUGGGAAAAGUUCUUCCAUGGCCACCAACACCUCUUCAACAUCUACAUCCAUGCCGAUCCAACGGUCCAGAUCACUCCUCCCGGCGGCGUAUUCGAAGGCCGCUUCGUCCCGGCAAAGAAGACCGAGCGGGCCUCCCCCACGCUCAUCUCUGCGGCGCGUAGACUCCUCGCCAACGCCAUCCUCGACGAUCCAUUAAACCUAUACUUUGCCCUGGUGUCCCAACACUGUAUCCCACUGCACUCUUUUCCCUUCGUCUACAAAACUCUCUAUGGCAGCGAACUCGCCGCUUUAAGAGAUUUUGCCACCCAAUCAAAUCACCAAAGUUUCAUCGAAAUCCUCUCCGAUGAUCCCAACCUCCCUGAGCGCUACGUUGCUCGGGGAGACAAUGUGAUGCUCCCGGAAGUGCCUUUCGAGCAAUUCAGAGUUGGAUCUCAGUUUUAUAUCUUGACCAAGCGGCACUCGUUGCUCGUGCUCCAAGACAAGAGACUUUGGAGGAAAUUUAAGCUGCCUUGCUUGAACGUCUACUCUUGCUACCCUGAGGAGCAUUACUUCCCAACACUUUUGUCCAUGGAGGACCCCGAAGGUUGUAGCCACUACACACUUACAAGAGUGAAUUGGACUGACAGUACGGACCAUACCUUGAGGAAGUCCAAUUCAAGCUAUUCCUACUUGUUUGCGAGGAAAUUCUCUCCCGAUUGCUUGAGGCCCUUGAUGAAAUUAGCAAGUCGUGUCAUAUUUCGAGAUUGAGGCAAAGCCAAUCCAAUUGUGUUUAUAAUUAACGCUAGGUGACUAACAGCUCAGGUAAAUGUUCUAACCUUUCAGAAAUUUGAUUGGGAGAAGUGUUUAUAGCAAACUUUUGUAAUGGCAAGUAGGGGCUAAACCUUUUAGUCACUUAUGUUUCAAUGACCAAAUUGCGUGUUAAUGAUCAAAUUAUAAGCUUUUUAGUGAUUGCUAA